AGAAAACAGAGAGCGACAAGAAGGUUUUUUGUCAGUGCAGAUAGAGAGAGGACGAGACAAGUGAGAGAGAAAGAGAAAAUGAAGAAGAAGAAGAAGAAGAAAAGAAAUGAAACCUCUUCGACCUCUUUCUCCUGAUCCCACAUACAUAAACACGGGUGCGUAUGUUGUGCUGUCGUUAGGACCAUUUGCGUAUUCCUCUUGUUUUCUUCUUCUUCUCUGCGGUGCCGCCAUUGUUGCUUUCUUCUCAGUCACGCUCUAACCAAUGGGAUGUUGCCAAUCUUGCCCUUGCAUCCCCAACCAUUCAACUCCUCAUCAACACAGCAACCUCGAUAACAGUGUUGUUGCAUCUUCCUCCAAUGCCGACGUGCCGGCGUUCUCGGAAUUCUCACUCUCCGACCUCAAAUCCGCCACCAACAGCUUCAGCUCCGAUCACAUCGUCUCCGAGAGCGGCGAGAAAGCUUCCAAUGUCGUCUACAGAGGUCGCCUCCACAACAGCCAUAACCGUCGCUGGAUUGCUGUUAAGCGCUUUUCCAAAUUCGCCUGGCCUGAUCCUAAGCAGUUCGCUGUAUGAUGAAGCUUGGGGAGUGGGGAAAUUACGACACCGUAGAGUUGCCAAUUUGAUUGGUUAUUGCUGUGAUGGGGAUGAGAGGCUCUUAGUUGCAGAGUACAUGCCCAACCACACUCUAGCCAAACAUCUUUUCCACUGGGAAAAUCGGACAAUUGAGUGGAACAUGCGGUUAAGAGUUGCCCUAUUCAUCAGUGAAGCAUUAGACUAUUGUAGUAUCAAAGGUUAUCCAUUGUACCAUGACUUGAAUGCUUACAGAGUUUUAUUUGAUGAGAAUGGUGAUCCCCGACUUUCAUGUUUUGGUUUGAUUAAGAACAGCAGGGACGGGAAAAGUUAUAGCACAAAUCUUGCUUAUACUCCUCCUGAGUAUCUGAGAAAUGGGAGGGUGACCCCAGAAAGUAUCAUUUUCAGCUUUGGGACUGUGUUAUUGGAUCUUCUAAGUGGCAAGCAUAUCCCUCCAACUCAUGCUCUUGACAUGAUAAGAGGUAAAAAUAUUCAACUCCUCAUGGAUUCACAUUUGGAGGGAAACUUUUCAACAGAAGAGGCUAUUGUGGUUUUCGAUCUUGCCUCAAAAUGUUUGCAGUAUGAACCUCGGGAGCGGCCCAAGACCAAGGACCUUGUUACAACACUUUUGGCACUACAAACUAAACAAGAUGUUCCAUCGUAUGUUAUGCUUGGAAUUGCAAAGCAUGAGGAAACACCUCCUACCCCACAGCAUCCUCUAUCUCCAAUGGGUGAUGCUUGUUCUCGCAUGGACUUGACUGCAAUUCAUCAGAUUUUGUUGAUGACCAACUACAGAGAUGACGAAGGGAAUAAUGAGUUAUCCUUCCAAGAAUGGACGCAGCAAACGAGGGAUAUGUUGGAGGCUAGAAAGCGCGGUGACUUGGCCUUUCGGGACAAGGAUUUCAAAACUGCAAUUGAGUGUUACUCUCAGUUCAUUGGUGUUGGAACCAUGAUCUCCCCAACUGUCUAUGCACGAAGAAGUCUUUGCCAUCUCUUUUGCGACCAACCAGAUGCUGCUCUCAGAGAUGCAAUGCAAGCUCAAUGUGUCUAUCCUGACUGGUCCGUGGCAUUUUACAUGCAGGCGGUUGCUCUUUCCAAAUUAAACAUGAAUAAGGACACAGCUGACAUGUUAAGAGAGGCCUCUGCUCUGGAAGAGAAAGGGCAACCAAGAGGCAAAUGAACUUUUCAAUUGAAACCACUUUUAUCGUCAAAUGAGGCAAUCCUAUUUGAGCCGGUGGUAAAACUAUUCCUACAAAGUAAAACUAUUCCUACAAGUAUUUACUGGACUAAGAUUCAUAAUAUUUUUGUGCUUCAGCAGCAAACCCCUGUCGAAACUUGAAAUUGGAGAUUCAUUUCACUCAAAGGUGUAACAUAGAGGAAGGAAGAA